UUUAAAGGCAUCGACGUAACCCUUACAAUGUUCCAAAUAAUGGUGACUAUAUCCUCCGUUUUAAUCCUCCCUCUUGUCAUGGCUUAUGAUAUGAAAUUUGGUUAUCAAAUAAGCGAAGGGAAGGCACGAUUUUUUGAAGACAUAGAAACUAAUCUAGGGAAAAAUAUAGUGAAAAUCCAUACUCCAGCACAUAAUGAUGUUAUGGAAUCCUACCUGAUGCAAGACUUUCAGAAGAACAAACAGAUUACAUGCCUCCCAUCACUAAAUCAAUGUAGAGUCAGGGAGAUUGAUAGGGAAACCGGUGUGGAUGCUGGUAAAAUUGCAGAGGCGUUUGUUCACAGCUGGAACAAGGGUAGUAACAGUAUAUCAAAAUCAAAGUCUAAAGAGGUAACAGAGUUGUAUUAUAUUGAUGGCGAUGAAGUCACUGACACAGUUUCACUUGGAGAAGACUUGAGACAAUUUUAUAUAGGUUUCGGAUACCAACUGUAUCAGGAAAAGAAAAUACCACAUGACGCUGAAAUGCUUAAUAUGACCGUCUAUACAGGUAUAUCUUAUCGGAAAUAA